CCAGCGCCAGGGCCCGCCCCGGGUGCCGCUGGGGCCGGAGGCUGAGUCGGGGCAUUUGCUGGGCCCCGCUCCUGACCGGCGGUGGCCUGACUGGAAGCUUAACUGGGAUGCGGCUGACGCGGAAACGGCUGUGCUCGUUUCUCAUCGCCUUGUACUGCCUCUUCUCUUUCUACGCCGCGUACCACGUCUUUUUCGGGCGCCGCCGCCGGGCCCCGGCCGCCUCUUUGCGGGGCCUUAGGAAGGGGGCGGCCCCGGCGCGGGAGGGGCGCGGCCGAGAACAAUCUACUUUGGGAAGUGAAGAAUGGAAUCCUUGGGAAGAAGAUGAAAAACAGGAGCAACAACACAGAUUUAAAACUAGUCUUCAAAUAUUAAAUAAAUCCACAAAAGGGAAAACAGACUUCCAAGUACAAAUCUGGGGCAAAGCUGCCAUUGGUUUGUAUCUCUGGGAGCAUAUUUUUGAAGGCUUACUUGAUCCCACUGACGUGACUGCUCAGUGGAGAGAAGGAAAUACAGUUGUAGGAAGAACACAUUACAGCUUCAUCACUGGUCCUGCUGUAGUCCCAGGGUACUUCUCCGUUGAUGUGAAUAAUGUGGUACUCAUUUUAAAUGGAAGAGAAAAAGCAAAGGUCUUUUAUGCCACCCAGUGGUUACUUUUCGUACAAAAUUUAGUGCAAACUCAAAAAAUCCAGCAUGUUGCUGUUGUUUUGCUUGGAAAUGAACAUUGUAACAAUGAAUGGAUCAUCCAGUUCCUUAAAAGAAACGGAGGCUUUGUGGAGCUGCUUUUCCUAAUUUAUGACAGCCCCUGGAUUAAUGACGUAGAUGUGUUUCAAUGGCCUUUAGGAGUAGCAACAUACAGGAAUUUUCCUGUGGUGGAGGCAAGUUGGUCAAUGCUGCAUAAUGAAAGGCCCUACCUAUGUAAUUUCUUAGGAACUAUUUAUGAAAAUUCAUCCAGACAAGCACUAAUGAACAUUUUGAAACAAGAUGAAAUUGAUAAACUUUGUUGGGUUUCAGUACGAGAACAGUGGCAGCCCCAGGAAACAAAUGAAAGCCUUAAGAAUUAUCAAGAAGCUUUGCUUCAGAGUGACCUCACAUUGUGCCCAGUAGGAGUAAACACAGAAUGUUAUAGGAUAUAUGAGGCUUGCUCCUAUGGCUCCGUUCCUGUGGUAGAAGAUGUAAUGACAGCUGGCAGCUGUGGAAAUACAUCUGUUUCCCAUAAUGCUCCUCUGCAGUUACUCAAGUCCAUGGGCGCUCCCUUUAUCUUUAUUAAGAACUGGAAGGAACUUCCUGCUGUUCUAGAAAAAGAGAAAAGUAUAAUUUUACAAGAAAAAAUUCAAAGAAGAAAAAUGUUACUUCACUGGUAUCAGCACUUCAAAACAGAGCUAAAAAUGAGAUUUACUAAUAUUUUAGAAAGUUCAUUUUUAAUGAACAAUAAAGGUUAACUAUUAA